AUGGGAUCCAGAGACGACUCAGAAGAGCAGUUCACUUUGGAUACUAACUACUCGCCACCAGCUACCUGUGACUUGGAGACUCAACAACUCAUAGCCAGACUUGCAGCAGAAGAUGAGAUUGGUGAUCUGAGAGCUGAUGGUGUUAAUGAUGGAAAGAAGCAAGCAAGCAAAAGAAAGCUCAUAAGUCUUGUCGAUUCAGAAGAAGAUUCUGAUGUUGAAAUCACACCCCCAACCCGGUCGAGCCAGCCUCGCAGAAAAACGACUUUUGGAACAGCCACGCGGAAGCCCAUGUUACAAUCCACUCUGGAUCGUGGUAGUGGCUCCUCCGCACCGGCACGUGCUUGUACUCGUAGAAGCAUUGGGCAGCUACCAGAAUACCAAUCCGUGUAG